AGAAGUAUACUAUCAGACAAAAAGAAACAGCAAGGAUAAUUUAAAAGCCUGUAAACUCAAACAAUCAUUAAUAGAUUAAACGCCAAGCUUCUGGAAAUGACUUUUAACUAAAAUUGGUCGCGUCGUACUACACACUACUACUCAGGUUUUUUUAAUGCAAUGGGGAGCAAACGAGCCGACGGGUCACCUGAUAGUAAGCGAUCAGCGCCUCCCAUGGAAAGCCGCAUUUUAAAAAGGAAUACUCUUUUUUCUUGAAGGUCGUAUCGGUUGAGGUACUAAGGUAAGGUACCUACUAAGGUACUACUUGAAAUGUUAAUAUUUGCUCUUGUUUUCUCAAGAUUUGUACGUUUACGUUACCACAUCCUCUACUAAACAGAUAGAGUUGUUUGUGUAGUAAGUUUACAAACUGAUACAGAAACAAAUUAGAUCUGCAAUAAAAGCUUUUUCGUGUUCUUUUCCGACAGUUUCUUCUUGUAGUAACGUCACAUGAUUGUCACAUUAUCUACAAAUGUACGGUAAUGUUAACAAUUUUGUAAAAUAUUUUUAAUAUUUCUUUAAAGUUAUUUGCUACUAUGGAUAUAAAACGCACGAACCUAUUGAGCGAAAACUAUAAUUUAAGAGAAUAUUUCCUGAAAACAAAUCAGGUACCCACUCAGAGUAUGAUGAAAGAAAAAAUGAAACCUCAGCUUGCAGCAGUAUAUUUCAAGACGAUGACCCCGAAGCAGAAGGUGUUAGCAGGCCUCGAACCUCCGAUGAAAGGCGGGGGCGGCGACUGGUACAUGCCACCCAAGGAUAUUUUAGAAGGAAGAGCAGUCUUAAAACCAUUGAAAAAGAAGUAUUUGACCAAACUAAACUACCUCGGCAUCGACAAUAUUUGUAUGGAUCUGGUUAAAAAGCAUCAACAUUCCAUGAGAGAAGAGAAAAAGGAGAUGAUCGCUGAUAACGAUAAGAAAUGGACAGCUUUCGUGGAAGCCAAAAGUGCGCAAUGCUACGAAAUGCAAUCCAAAGAAGCAGCGUUGAAAAAUACGCAAAUAUUGAAGAAAGCAACCAAACAAUUUUCAGUUCUAUAUCAAACAUCCAUCAAUAAAUUGGAAUCACUGUUGUAUGAAGUAGCUUGCAAAGAGAUUAAAAGAAUACAGAAUGAAGCUCGCCGAUUUAUGUUGGAAAAAUAUUAUAUGUCAAUUUCACUUCAAGCACGACGAUUAUACGAACAGUUUAGGGAUAGUCUGGAUACAGAAAAGGCAAGACUAAAAUCUGAAUUUAUUGAAAAUGUAGAGAAGUGCCGCACCCAGCUUGGAACGCAAAUACACGACAUCGUAUUAGAUAAACAUAUUGCAAUUGAGAAGUCAAGACAAUAUAUGCAAUGCAUAAGCCUAGCUUGUCAAGUCUAUGUAGCUUUGAAAGAGAGGGAAGAAUGCGAAAAAGAAAUUAAAUAUGCUGAAAAAUUGCAUAAGAAAGAAGUAAUUACUUUAGUAGACGAAAUAGCUUACAGAGACUACACAAUUGCUAUGCACAUACAAAAAGAUAAGGCACACUUGGAGUUUAAAGAAACGUGGAAGAAGAAAGUUUUGCGCAUCGUGAAGAGUUUCCAAGUGUUUAUAUCGUAUUGUUUGAGUGUACUACCAGCACAUGCAGAUUUUUUUAUUAAUUUGGAAAAGUUAAUGUUGCUCCACCUCGAUGAAGUUUUAGAGAAUCCGAACGCUGAGAGCAUCUUUGAAGGUGAUGAGGAACAUCACGAAGACCCGAGACCUAAUCCGCAUCCUUACUACCUCUGUUGUGACAAAAGGUUCACUGCAACAGAAAUGCCACUUGUCAAAGAACUUUGUCCAAAGCGUUGUACAUCUAGUGCUUCGCAUAUGCCAGUUAUAAUUAUAAAUAAACGCCUCAUGUACACGGCUUGCGACAACUUCCAACAAUUCACCAACAAAGUAAAGGAUUAUAUGCAUGGUCACAGGGGUGAUGAUGCAGAUUUCAUAGAUCGGCGCGACUAUACGCAGUAUGUGCCGGUAACAUACCCAAAGUCGCAGCAAUUGUUAGAACUCCAGUUAGAAAGUUCUCUCAUACAAAUACUUCAGCAAGAAUACGACAACGUAAGGGAGGUACCUACCGUAUGUACAUUUUGCAAAGCACCUUACUGUUUCUGCACGAAGAAACACGUCGACAAAACGAAUCAAAUCAGCCAAACGCCCGUUGCGCCACAACCAUCCAUUUCGAAAACAAGGUCUAACACUAGAUUAGUUUAUAAAACUAAUAACCAGGUAGAUCAAUAUUUCGAGUCUUAUGUUUUGCCCAAAAGAUGUCAAUGCGUUAAGAUGGCUGGAAAACAUCUACAGCAGUUGUUGCCAGCAUACAUGAGAAGUAAACCAAUUGAUAAAGCUUAUUUGCCGAACUAUGAGCCAUGCUCGCUUCAUAUGAUGAAAAAGAUGGUUCGAGAUGCUAUGGGGCGCAAAUCUCAUGUGUCUGCGGACGACAAGCAAUCGAAGAGUAGAGAUGUGGCUACUCAGUAUGAGGAUGAGGAUCAAGACUUUGAAUUACUCUGCGAAUGUUUAUCAGCUGGCUCUUUCCAAAAUUUAUGGGUUAACCGAAAGAUUGCCGGCUCCAAAGUGUACCAUCCUUCAAUAACUGCCAGUCAGUUCCAGUUUAUCGACCACUCUACUCCAUCCACGUCGACUACUCAGGACGAGUCCUACACUAGAGACAAGAUACAUUCUCCAAAGAUUUGGCUUGAUACCUGCUCGCCUGAUAUUGAAGAAUUAUUCAAAGCUAAGUAAAUAAUUUUUAUAUCUUAAUCUUUUUGCAUUGCUUAAUUUUAUUUAUAAACGUUUUCUUAU